AUUGAACCCGGGGCCAAGCGAUAUUGGUAACCUCGACUCUGCCACUGAGCCAUAGCGGGUGGACUGUUGAUUUUGGAUAAUCUAGCAGUGAUGUUAAAUUUGAGUUCGAGGUGUCAUUGAGCUAGCCUUAGUGUCGAUUCCCUAGAAUUAUAUGUUGACUAAUUGAACUCUACGUGAAAUUGUGUCAUAGCUAAAUUAUGAAUGAUCUACCAUAAAUGUCAAAUGGAGUGCCAGUGUUAUGGUCCCUAUUCCGAUAUCCGAAAUUUACACCUGUUACAAAGUUAUCCAAAAUGGCUGCCACUGACAAAGAAAGCGUGCUCCCACAGUUACAAGCUGAAAAAGACAAUCUAGAUCCCUCAUUUGUACAUGCAUCUAAGCUAAUCUCAGAGGAACUUGAGAGGGUAAAAUCAGGGAAACCAAAAAAUCAAGUUGAAGUUAAGCCAGAACCCAUGAUUGAUGUUCACACUGGCGGACCUGUCAAAGUUUCAUGUAAAAUUCGUAUUCCAAACAGAGAAUUCCCAAAAUUAAAUUUUGUUGGAAAACUACUGGGACCCAAAGGACAGACCAUGAAAGACAUGCAAACAAAUACAGGAACCAAAAUGUACAUAUAUGGCAAAGGUUCUAUGCGAGACAAAGCAAAGGAAGAGGAACUACGUAAAGAGGGAGGGAAGCAUGCACAUCUCAGUGGUGAUCUCCAUUUACACAUAGAAGCCUUCUAUCCAGCAGAUGAAGCAUAUAAACGAAUUGCAUCUGGAAUUGAGGAAGCCAAAAAAUAUUUAGAUCCACAAUCAUUUGAACAGAUGCAGCCAGACAUUCCUUCCCUAGGAGGUAUGGAUACUGGUUACGGAGCUGGUGGUGGUUACCAGAAUGGAGAUGGUGCAGGACGUGGUCGCGGUAUGGGUCGAGGCGGUCCACCAGGGGGCACACCUAGAGGAGGAAGAGGUGGAUCAAUGCUCUCACCAUCAAGGGGUGGUAUGUCUAGCCGUGGUGCCCCUACACCAAGAGGUGGGCUAGGAGGAGCUCCCCGUGGAGGACCUGGCAUGAGAGGAGCCCCAUCGAGGGGAGCACCAGCAGGGAGAGGCCGGGGAGGACCACCGGUAGGUAGAGGCAGACCAGAGCCCCUACUUGAUGAUGGCUAUGGCAACAGCAUGGGUGGAGGUGGUGGCUAUGAGGAGCCCUACCAAGAGAGCUAUGGUGCAGAUAACUCUUAUGGUGGAGAUGCUGGGUAUGGCGGUCAAGAACAAGCUGGCUAUGGUCGGGAAUCAGCAAGCACAGAGACAUAUGACUAUGGUCAUGGCUCAGGUGGUGGUGGAAGAGACCAAUACUAUGAGGAACCAGCUUAUGGAGGUGCCCCAUCAGGAGGACGUGGGGGAUACUCUGGAGGUCAGUCUGGUGGAGCCAGGGCUGGUGGAUAUGGUGGACAAUCUAGUGGACCCCGAGGUGGCGGAGCAGGGGGAUAUGCUGGAGGUCAGUCUGGAGGACGUGGUGGAGGUGGAUAUGGAGGAGGACGUGGUGGAGGUGCUGGUGGUGACCAAUGGGGUAGUGGGGCCGGCCGUGGGAUGAAAGCACCAACUUCAAGAGGUGGUGCCAUGGGAGUCUCCCUCCCUGAGAGGUGGAUGGUCAAAUAUGGUAUAGUACAAUAG